CAUUUAAAUGAACUCAAUGGAUACACCUGGUCUGUGGUCAAAGAACUCAAUUUUGCUAACGAAUUUAUUAAGUAUUUACUUAAAAAGUUAAUCGGAAAAGAUCUAACAAAUCUUAUCAAUGGUAUAUAUUUAAUUCCAUUUGACUCGGACAAAUUAAAACGCUGUUCUAUUGAUCUUUUAACAUAA